AGACACGCUACUGUGACUGCACCGACCGAUAAGAUAAACAGUUUAUUUUCUGAACAUGUCAGUUUAGGUGGCUGUCAAACUAGGCAAAAAAGCUCCUUAUCUUCACCCUAUUUCGACCAUUGAACAACUGUAAAAAUCCAACAUUCCAGACUGUUACUCCGCAGACGUCGAUAAGUAGCAGGUCGGUAGGUUUGCAUCCAAACAAGUUAGAGGCGAGUUAGCGAGCUAUGAAGGACAAGCUGGAGCUUCUGCACCGGGUCAGCGCCCACCCGGACUCCCGCUGCUGGUACGUGGCCUGGAACCCGCGAGGGACCCUGCUGGCCUCGUGCGGCGGGGACAGGGCCAUCCGCAUCUGGGGGAAAGAAGACGACUCGUGGGUGUGUAAGUGUGUGUUGUCUGACGGCCACCAGCGUACGGUGCGUAAGGUGGCCUGGUCUCCCUGUGGAAACUAUCUAGCCUCCGCCAGCUUUGAUGCCACCACCUGCAUCUGGAAGAGGAAGGACGAGGACUUUGAGUGUCUGACGGUGCUGGAGGGCCAUGAGAAUGAGGUGAAGUGUGUAGCCUGGUCUCCAUCAGGGAAUCUAUUGGCCACCUGCAGCCGAGACAAGAGUGUAUGGGUCUGGGAAGUGGAUGAAGACGAUGAGUACGAGUGUGUCAGUGUGGUGAACUCACACACUCAGGACGUCAAACACGUGGCCUGGCACCCCACCCUACCGCUGCUGGCCUCAGCGAGCUAUGACAACAAGGUGUGUGUGUACGGCGAGGACGAUGACGACUGGGAGUGUCGUGCCACCCUAGAGGGCCACACCUCCACCGUCUGGAGCCUGGCAUUCGACCCCGCGGGCACACGCCUGGCAUCCUGCAGUGACGACCGCACCAUACGCAUAUGGAAAGAGGCACAGCCUGGAGAAGGCAGUUCUUCAGACGUGUCCUGGAAGUGUGUGUGCACCCUGUCCGGUUUCCAUGGACGCACCAUCUAUGACAUCGCAUGGUGUGGUCUAACGGGUGCCAUGGCAACAGCGUGUGGUGAUGAUGGCGUGCGCGUCUUCAAAGAGGAGGCGACCUCUGACCCCGAGCAGGCGGAGUUCAGCAUGAGCGUACACGUACCCAAAGCACACGGCCAGGACGUCAACUGCGUGGCCUGGAACCCCAAGGAGGCGGGACUUCUGGCCUCCUGCAGCGACGACGGCGACAUCUGCCUCUGGAACUACCAAUCAGAGGAAUGAACCGCCCUGAUUGACAGGUCCGCCCUGAUUGACAGGUCGGCCGGCCAGUGAAUGAACUGUUGACCCGUGCUGGGAGGCGGGUCUUCGUACAAGUCCGGGAAGUCCCACAUGCCUUGUUGGAUGGUCUCUAGCAGCAGGAGAAAUGAUAAAGGCCAGAGACAUGCAAAAGGCUUAUUUGGAAAGGCUGAAAUUGUAAAUACGUUUGUUUUGACGAGAUGAAAUGUAAUCAUGUUUAAUUUUGUCUCAUGAGAUUUUAUAUUGUCUCUCCGUUAUGGACUUCAUUUGCCAUGUGGAGGAAGCUGACCUAGAGUGGCCUAGGGUGGAGGCAGUGCUUAAUUUGUCAAGCGGGAGGUCCUGGAGCGCAGAGGAUGGGUGGCUCCCCCCCGAGGGGGAUGAUGUGAUGUAUUUCCAUGAGGUUCCAUCCAAGGUUCCGGAGCUCUCGUCUGAGGUCCCGGAGCUAGCUCCCCCUUGCUCCCCCUCAAAUUAAGCACUAGGGUGGAGGCCAAACUACAUCCUCGCGUCCUUUCCUCUUGCUCGUGACCUUUUGCCUUAGUGUCGCCCCACCUUCGUUGAAAACAAACAUGAAGUUUCCUCGCUGUUAAUGUAGGAAGAGCGACAUGUCUUUUCAAAGCCAAUUUGGGAAAAGAGAAGUUACAAUGCCAUUAAAACAGUGGUGUACUAACUGGAAUACAAUUUUACACAAACAAUACGCUUUCUAUCUUUCUUUACGCUGUCAGAAACUAGUCAACUUAUUCUAAUUAUCAAAAGUAUUACCAUGCAUUACCAUAGCAGAUAGCAUACAUACAGUAUGUUUUACAUCAGACAAAACAUGCAACAUUUUCUGUCAAGUAUAGUGGAAAGGAGUAAUACCAAUGUUUCACCUUCAGGGGCUUAUUACUACAAAGCUGGUUCAGGAUAACUUAAGGUUAAGUUAAGAGGUAAAUCAUCUAAUAGAAGAGCCGGGAGUCCUCAUUCUCUUGUAUUAGAUGAUUUACCUCUUAACUUAACCUUAACUUAUCCUGAACCAGCUUUGUAGUAUAAGCCCCAGUUGUUUCAAUUUUGGGUCCUGGCUAAAGGAAGGGAAUUAUUAUCGAAUUAUUACAUUUUUAAACCACAGCUCAGGCCCACCUUUGGGUCCCAACCCACCAGUGACGAAACACUGGAUUAAACCAUGUUACAGCUGGUGCAGCUGCUAAUAUCACUUAGCUGGUGCAACUGGUAACAUCGCUUCACUGGUGCAACUGGUAACAUCGCUUCACUGGUGCAACUGUUAAUAUCUCUUCAUGAACCGUCUAACCUGCUGUUGAACUCCACCUAACUCUGUCAGAACUUCACUGUCAGUGCUUUUGCAUCUUGUGAUUUUCCCACAUGAAUGUUUGUUUUCAUAUUGUGAUGAAAUGGAUGACAUUUGUUUCUAUUAAAAAAAUAAUUAAUACAUUGGA